AGACUUAUGACGGUACGUAGCGCCGUCAAUUAGUGGAAGGGGGUGUACGUCGAAAUUCGAUCCCUUUAAAUUUUCAGCAACUAUUGUUUUUCCUUGUAUACACUUGUAACUAUGAGUUGCGGAUUUGUUACUUGCGGUCCAAACGAGGCCCUUGUAGUGUCAGGAUGCUGUUACAGCAAACCUCUCCUAGUACCUGGUGGCCGGGUUUUUGUAUGGCCAAUUGUCCAGCAAGUGCAAAAAAUUUCAUUGAACACCAUGACGUUACAAGUAGAGAGUCCAACUGUUUAUACAUGCCAAGGCGUACCAAUAUCUGUAACAGGAAUUGCACAGGUAAAAAUACAAGGACAAAAUGAAGAAAUGCUUUCUACAGCAUGUGAACAAUUUCUUGGAAAAUCUGAAGAUGAAAUUCAUAAUAUUGCACUCGUUACAUUAGAAGGACAUCAACGAGCAAUAAUGGGAAGCAUGACUGUAGAGGAAAUAUACAAAGAUCGUAAAAAGUUCAGUAAAGAAGUAUUUGAAGUAGCAAGCAGUGAUCUAGUCAAUAUGGGCAUUACAGUUGUGUCCUAUACAUUAAAAGAUAUUCGAGAUGAGGAAGGGGCAAAGGGAUAUCUUAAAGCUCUUGGAAUGGCACGAACUGCUGAAGUGAAACGAGAUGCAAGAAUCGGAGAAGCAGAAGCUCGUCGCGAUGCUCAGAUUCGUGAAGCUAUCGCGGAAGAACAAAGAAUGGCUGCACGUUUUCUUAACGAUACCGAAAUUGCAAAAGCGCAACGAGAUUUCGAACUAAAGAAAGCUGCUUAUGACGUUGAAGUGCAAACUAAGAAAGCAGAAGCAGAAAUGGCAUUCGAAUUACAAGCUGCAAAAACCAAACAAAGAAUUAUGGAAGAACAAAUGCAAGUAAAAGUAAUUGAACGCAGUCAAGAAAUAGCCGUACAAGAACAAGAAAUGUUAAGACGCGAAAGAGAAUUAGAUGCAACUGUACGACGUCCAGCUGAUGCCGAAAAAUACAGGCUAGAAAAAAUGGCUGAAGCCAACAAAUUGCGUUUAGUAAUGGAAGCUGAAGCAGAAGCAGAAGCUAUCAAAAUUCGCGGUGAUGCAGAAGCUUUUGCUAUUGAAGCAAAAGCUAAAGCAGAUACAGUACAAAUGGCAAGGAAAGCUGCUGCAUGGGAUGAGUAUAAGAGCGCUGCUAUGAUUGAUAUGAUGCUUGAUACGCUUCCGAAGGUUGCAGCUGAAGUCGCAGCACCAUUGUCACAAGCAAAGAAGAUAACAAUGGUUUCAAGUGGAACUGGAACUGUUGGAGCAGAGAAAUUAACAGAAGAGGUCUUUAACAUUGUAACACGUGUACCGGAACUGGUUAAGAAUUUAACAGGAGUAGAUAUUGCAAAGUCUGUCCAUGCUGCUUAAACAAACAAUACACGAAUUUUAAAUACUUCCUGACCACAUCCAUGAUUGUAUGAAAUAUUUAAUGAAUCUUUGAUAUAUCAUUUAUUUUAAUAUGCUGUUGCAUAUUAGAACUAAUCUGUUUUAAUUUUAAUAAUGUUUAUUUGGAUAAAAAGUUCAGUACUUUCACUGCCAAUUACUUAAUGAUGACAAGUUGAUAUUAAUUAGUGCCAAUUUUAAAUGUUUUAAAAAUAGAAAUUACUUCAUAUAAAUAUUUGGAAAUAGAUUAUAAUAAUGAAUAUGUCCGCACAAUAUUCAUAUUCCAUCAUUUACAAGAUGCGCAAUAGAUGUCUUGAGUAAAUGUCUUGAGAUACAGAGGCAGUGAAUGUGUAUUUUAUUUGACUAACAUUGAAUGCUAAAUCUAAUAUAUUUUUAUUUAUAUUUAUAUUUAUAUCAGUUGAAGUUGUAAUAAAAUUUUACUUUUAUUAUAUUUUUUUUUAAUAAGUCUUAUAUGCACUUAGAAGAGAAAAAAUGCAAAUAUAUCUUUUUGAAUCUCG